GACAUUGUAUCUUGUUAGUUAGAGCCCUGGCAGACUUUGACUGGGAGCCCUCCAUUAAUGAUUAACAGACCCCCAAUCAGGCAGCUUGCUGUGGGAUCCUGUCCUCAGACAGUGCUGGGAGUCAGUCUGGGGAGCUCAGCACAAUGUUACUCCCUCCCUGUGUCCUGGGUAAUGCCAGGCGAGCCCUGUGUAGGAGCCUGAGCCACAAUGCACGCUCUGUCCUGGACAUUAAGGGGAUCUAUCCCCCUAUAACAACCCCCUUCACUAAACACCAAGAGGUAGACUAUGAUCAACUGGAAGAAAACCUGCAGAGAUACUCCACUAUCCCUUUCCGUGGGAUUGUUGUCCAAGGAUCAACUGGUGAAUAUGCAUACCUGACCAAAGAAGAGCGGCUGGAAGUCGUCCGCAGGGCCCGCAAGGUGGUGCCGACGGACAAGCUGCUUAUAGCUGGCUCAGGGUGUGAAUCCACUCAUGCCACAAUCCAGAUGACCGAGGAGAUGUCCUUGUCUGGAGCGGAUGCGGUCCUUGUUGUAACCCCAUCAUACUACCGAGGCAGAAUGACCAGUCAUGCACUUAUUCAUCAUUACACAAAGGUAGCAGAUUCGUCCCCUGUUCCUGUUAUUCUCUAUAGUGUACCUGGUAACACCGGGCUGGAUUUACCAAUCGAUGCCAUAGUUACACUGUCUCAGCAUCCUAACAUUAUUGGCAUUAAGGAUAGCGGAGGCGAUGUGACACGGAUUGGCCUUACUAUUUACAAAACCAAACAACAUGGGUUCCAGGUGUUGAGUGGGUCUGCAGGCUUCUUACUGGCUGGAUACUCUGUAGGUACAGUUGGGGGUGUCUGUGCUCUGGGGAAUGUCCUGGGGACUCAGCUGUGUGCUCUGGAAAAGAUGUGCCUGAAUGCUCAAUGGGAAGACGCAAAGCAGUUACAGCACCGACUCAUAGAACCAAAUGCUGCCGUAACACGGAAGUUUGGGGUUCCUGGUGUGAAGCAGGCUAUGGAGUGGUUUGGUUACCAUGGAGGGCUUUGCCGUUCUCCUCUUCCUCCUCUGACUGAUCCAGAAGUAAAAGAACUGAGAAGAGAUUUCAUAGCAAAUGGCUGGCUUUUACCAGAGUCAACAUAAAGAACACACAUAUACAUAUAUUUGUUUUAUUGCAGAGAAAUAUUGGUUUGGCUUAUUCAACCCAAGGCAAAAUCUACGUUGAUACGCAUGCGUAUCCUGCUUUCUCUUCUACCUAGAUUUACCUAAAUUUCUUUUGAUCAGCUUAUUUCUAAAUAGAAACUAAAGAACAUCAUGUUAGGGUUUAUUCACCAAGCAGUGAAUUUUGAUAAACUGAAAAUAUAUUUUUAAGAUUUAAGCUAAAGUUGUAGUAGUUAUGGUGCCUAAAGUGCCCUGUCGCUGUCCCACGGUAAGUAAUCAAACUGUUUGUUAGUGAAGUUUGACAACUUACCUGGGUGUCCCAGACACUUGUACUACAUCGAUUCUUCUUUUGAGGAGAAGCCAAAUAUCUCUGCAAAUUAGAUCAAGGCCGACGCAGGACCACGCUCGUUGGCAUUGCAUGAUCGAGCAAAGUGAAUGCUCCUGUAGGAGAAGACCUGAUGCAGUUAUAAGUGACCUGGCAGAACCAGGACGAGUUGUUAAACUAAACUAAAACAUAUUCUAUAUCUAUAAAACUUUAUUUCAUGUUUCAUUGUGAGAAGUUAGUUCUAAUCUGGAAUUUUCAGAUUUAUUUUUUAAAGUUUACAUUCUAAGACAAACCGUGCAUUCUGGAAACUAAUAUUUACAAUAAAUCUUUUCCCUGAUAAUUUUCA